GCCUCCUAUAGCCACAUUUCCCAACAUUAAAUACACAUCUUUUGUGUACGUCAACAGGAAGCAACUGAACCUGCUGGGCCCUUAUUUGGCAACUCAAAGUGCUUUCAAGGAGUACAUGUCUCUGAAACAGAAGAAUGGAAUGACUGUGGGUGCUAUGGGAAGAGUGGAAGCUGAGAAACAAAGGUCCCCACCUCGACCAGAUUAUGUUAAGGUUAACGUGGAUGGUGCUUUUGAUGAGGCCACAGGGACAGCGCGCAGCUUAUGGGGUGUGGUCAUCAGGAACUCGAAAGGGGAGGUAAUACAGGGGAAAGGUGCGCUAUCUGAGGCAACAAAUGCUCUCAAUCCGGAAGCCAUUGCUAUGAUCAUAUGCAGAAACUUCAAAGCAUUAGUGGACUGCUUGAGAGGGUGAUAUAUGAUUAUCAAGUUUUUCUUUUCUUGAAUUUUGUCAUCUUUUUAUUUUCAUGCUCUAAAUUUGUGUUUGUGGCCUAAGACUCUAAAUCUCCUUCUUGCUUUCGGAUUCUGUAUAGUGGUGUAGAGGUUUUUGUGGUUCUUUCCCUUUUUCUAUCUCAAUGAGUUAUCCAUUAACAUUUUCCUUUUAGUUUUGUGGGUAAUCAUUUUUCAUUUU